AUGUACGUCACAAUGAUGAUGAUGGACCAGAUGCUGGACCUACCGCCACUGCUGAAUGGCGAGGUUCCCAUGAUGCACCACAUGAUUAACGGUGAUGCAUCUCAACAGGUGAUCCUGGUUCAGGUGAACCCAGGAGAAACGUUCACCAUCCGCACAGAGGAUGGAGCUCUGCAGUGCAUCCAAGGGCCAGCUGAAGUUCCCAUGAUGUCACCAAAUGGCUCCAUCCCACCAAUCCACGUGCCUCCAGGCUACGUCUCCCAGGUUUUGGAGGACUGCACAGGGGUGAGGCGUGUGGUGGUCACCCCCCAUUCGGAGUGUUACCCCCCCAGCUACUCUCCAGCCCUGUCACCGACCCACCAUCUGCCCCCUCCCUAUAUGGCGCACCCCCAUUUCAUCCCUGCAUCACAUACGGCAUACUACCCCCCCACCAGCCCGGGGGAUGUUCCUCCACCCCAGUACUACCAGCAGCGUCUGCCUCCCAUUUAUCCAGAGGAGAUCAUCCCUGUGUAUGGCAUGUCGUUCCUCGGCCAUGAGGAAUACUGUAAACCCCAGCCCAAAAAGCCAAAGGAGAGGCCUGUGGAGAGGCAGGGCAUGACUCGAGUGAAUACCCCUCCAACCUCUGGCUAUAAGAACAACACAGGUAGCACCUCUGUACCCAACGGGUACAGCAAGAGCCACGCGGGCACAGGGGGAAUCGGCGGUAGCCCUGGUAACAAGAGAACUGAACGCAGGGUCAGGGGAAGCCCCAAACACGUCGACGCUGAGCAACAGAAUACCGACCCUGACACAAGAAAAGGCCAGGAUGUUCUGCCAACAAUGGACAAACCACAAGUGUCUAAAGUCCAGUCACACUCUGCUCUGGUUUCCUGGGCUCCUCUCCAGGCUGGUGUGUCAUCUCAGGGGGGCCAGGGGGAUGCAGUCCCUUCUUCCUGCAGUUACGAGCUGCAGCUCACAGAUAAAGGCCCAGAUGGACGAUACAGUGUUGUAUACAGCGGAGGAGAUUUGGAGAGAUACCUCACUGACCUGAGACCAGCUACAGAUUACCAUGUCAGAGUGAGCGCUGUGCAUAACACUGUGAGGGGUCCCCAUUCAGAAGCCAGGGCUUUCACCACCCACAGUGCCCCACCUGAUACCCCUCUGCCUCCCAGACUCUCUCAUCGCACCAAGAGCUCCCUCACCCUGCAGUGGAGGCCACCUGUUGACAACGGAUCAAAAAUUACCAGUUACGUUCUGGAAUGGGAUGAGGGGAAGAAGAACAGUGUCUUCAGAGAGUGUUAUUUUGGGCACCAGAGACAUUGCAAAGUGAUUCGACUUUGUCCUGCUGUAGGCUACACAUUUCGCCUGGCAGCACUUAAUGACAUUGGAACCAGUGGGUUCAGUCCAGAGGUGGUCUUCUAUACAACGGGCAGUGCCAGUCCUCCUCAGUCUCCCACACCCCCACGGCUGGUGCAGGCUGGCACGACCUGGGUCACGUUGGAUUGGACGAGACCGAAAGGCUCCAGCCAAGAUGAACGCAUCACCUAUGCUCUUGAGAUGCAGGAAGAGAGCAAGGGUCCAGAUUUUCAUGUGGUGUACACUGGUUUUGAGCAGACCUGUUCUGUGAAGUCUCUGGUGAGGAGUACUCAGUACAGGUUCAGACUUAUAGCCUGUAUCGCAGAAUGGCGAAGUACACCCAGUGCAGUACUGGUGUGUGAGACGACCCCAGAAAAACCAGGUCCUCCCACAGACCCCCGUGUCAGUGCAGUAACAUGUCAGAGCUUCCGUGUGACUUGGGAACCUCCACAAGAUAAUGGAGGCACCACAGCACUAAUGUACCUCUUGGAAAUCUCUGAAGGAAAUUCUGAGGCAGAGAGCUGUUGGAAGGAGGUUUAUCGGGGGCCGAAGCGGGAACACAUCUGUGACGAGCUGAGCCCUGCAACGUGUUAUACACUUCGGCUGUGUACCAUCAGCACAGCCGGUCAGAGCCAGUGCUCAGACAGCCUCACUGUCUGUACCCUGAGGCUGCCCCCCGGGCCCUGCCAACCUCCCAGAGUGGUGGGUAAUGUUAAACACAAGGAAGUGAGUUUGCAGUGGGAUGGCCCUGUAGGUGAAGGGGUGGAGUUUAGCCUGGAGAUGCUUGGGGUUGAGGAAGAUUCUGAUGUGAAGGAGGUUUACCGUGGAGCUCACACUGAGUGCAAUGUGGGAAACCUUCGCCCUGGCGCCACCUACAGGUUCAGAGUUCGUGCUGCCCAAGACAAUGGGUAUGGACCUUACUCUGAGUCUACUGAGGUGACCACUGCAGCUGGACCUCCAGGCCAGUGUGGGGCACCAUUGAUCACUGUGAUGUCCCAUACUUGUGUCAUAGUGAAUUGGGAGACUAGUGAGAGUUCAGGAGCAGAUAUCUCAGAGUACCGGCUAGACUGGGGCCGCGACCUGGACUCUCUGGAGUUGAUCUACAGCGGUAACGACACUCACUGUGAGAUUUCAAAUCUCGAGGCAGCAACGGACUACUGCUGCAGGCUACAGGCAACCAAUCGGGCAGGGGCUGGUCCCUACAGUGAGUUGGUGAACUGCCGUACGCCUGCAGCCGCUCCAGACGCUGUGGCCAGUCUUUACCUGCUGGACCACGCCCCCUCGGACACAGAGCCCCUCUCUCCAUCCACCUGCCUGGCCCUCGCCUGGGAAGAACCAUGCAGCAACGGGGCAGAAAUCACCUCUUAUACUAUCGCUUUGGGCGACAGCCUGAUCUCUGUGGGUAGGGUGACUCACCAUAUCGUCAGGAACCUGCAGCCCGAUUGCGAGUACAGCGUGCAGGUUCAAGCGGAGAAUGAGAUUGGGGCUGGUUCGUUCAGUCAAGUACUGACUGUUCGGACUAGGCCCCUCCCCCCAGCGCCGCCCCGAUUGGAGUGUACUGCCGUCGGACCCCAGAGUCUCAAACUGCGCUGGAGUGACAGCAGUCGAACUUCACUCAAUGAAGAUACGGCUUACGUCCUACAGAUAGAGGACAGAAACCAGAGAUUUGUAGCGAUUUAUCGGGGGCCCAGCCACACAUUUAAAGUGCAGCGUCUGAGCGAAUGGAGCCGCUACAAUUUCAGGAUUCAGGCUGUGAGUGAAGCAGGAGAGGGUCCGUUUUCAGAGAUAUACACAUUCAGCACUGCCAAGUCUCUGCCCCCAACGCUCAAAGCCCCUAGAGUAGCUCCGCUAGACGGAAACGCUUGUGAAGUUUCCUGGGAGUCCGUCCUACCAAUGAAAGGAGACCGAAUUAGCUACGUGCUCCAGACUCUUGGAGGUAGAGAUUCGGAAUAUAAACAGGUGUAUAAGGGAGAAGAUACGUCGUUUCAGCUUACCGGCUUGCAGUGGAACACAGACUACCGCCUGCGAGUGUGCGUUUGCAGACGCUGUUCAGACACCUCUCAAGAAAUGUUUGGUUCCUUCAGCCCCUCUGCCUAUUUCUCCCCCCGUCGCUCUGACAUGGUACUGCCCAUGGAACCAGGCACAGUCAGUGUGCCUGGGGGUAAAGCCUUUGGCCUGGUGUCCAGUGAUGAACGGUUUGCCACUCUCAUCGUAUUGGGAGUGGUCGCACUCUCCAUCCUUACUGCCUCACUCCUGAAGCUUUUCCUUAUGGAAUGA